AUGACAACACAGCAAGCACCACAGCCAGUAGGAGGAAAAGGUAAAGUAGCAAAAUCUGCAAAGGGAGCAGCCAAGAGAUUUAGGAAGCCAAACUCAUAUAAUGAAAUUAGUAAGCCUGGUCUAAGAAGAUUGUCUAGAAGAGCUGGAGCCACUAGAAUUUCUGGUGCUGCCCUUAAGCUUUCAAGAGAACUUCUUAUAUACAUGUUAAAGAAUGUUCUUUAUUAUUCAAGAAUCUAUUGUAGCUACUCAAAGAGAAAGACUGUUAACGUAGUUGAUGUAGUGUAUGCAUUAAGAAAGAUUAGAAUUACAUAUGUUAGCUGUUCAUUAGCUUAA